UGUUUUUUUUUUCUUUAUGUUAGAUGCACGCGCGUGAUGCACUACAAUAAUCAACGAAGGAUCUUAUCUCUACUCUUUUGGUUCGGUCAAAACGUUUAUAUAUUUUCAUAUUCGUUAUCUCUAUUUUCACUAUUUCUUCACGCGUCUCUCUAGCAAAAAAGAAAAGAAAAGAAAAAGAAAAAAAAGAAAAGAAAAAAAGAGAGAAGAAACGCUCAAGUCCAUGAAUAAUUAUUUUCUGCUCCAGUUUAACUUCGAUCCUUCGAAUAUUAUAAGACGCGAACGGAUCAUGUGCAAUCCCGUGAAUUAAACGUGACAGAAAGGUUAGCUCGUCGUUAGGCAUACAACGGACAGGUAUGACAGGCUCUUCGUUUCCCGCCGUUCGAUUUCAAAUUUGGAUGAUAUCAUUCCAGAUGUCUCCAAUUAAUUGGGAUUUUUAUGUGAAGUAAUUAUUAUUGUAUCAUAUCGUAGUCAAAUCAUGUGAUUCUCAUGACUCCUUUGAGAAAAUAUCCACAUCUAUCGUGGAUGUUAAAAGCGUUAUGUGCACAUAGGAAUGAUAGAUAAGAAUAAAUCCAGCCGAAUGACUGAUUAGAUUUAGUGAUCACAAGAGUUGCAUUUCCAUGUAUCAUCAUGGCAAUUGGAAAUAUUAUUUGCGGUGCAAAUACUCCUAAAGUCAAGAGAAAAAAGGCAAAGGCAACCGAACGCAGUUGGAUAGAAGCAACUUUUCAAAAAAGAGAAUGUUCCAAGUUUAUUCCAAGUGCUAAGGAUGAACAUAGGUUCACAGAAGUACAGGGAGAUAAGAAUGCAGAAUACGAUGUGAUCACUUCUUCCAGAUGUUGUUGUGGUUAUUCUUAUACAUACCAUUGUGGGACUGGAGCAGAUGUCCCAAGUUAUGCCAACAGUGGUUCCAUAGAGAAAGAACGUGAGCAAUGGUCACCAGGAAAAAAUACAAAUCCUUAUCCAACUGAUGCAUAUGGUACUAUUGAAUUUCAAGGUGGACCACAUCCAACUAAAGCACAAUAUGUAAGAUUAGCUCAUGAUACUCGGCCAGAACCUAUAGUACAAUUAUUGUGUCGAGAAUGGAAUUUAGGAUUACCUAAAUUAUUAAUUACUGUUCAUGGUGGUCGACCAAAUUUUGAAUUACAGCCAAGUUUGAAAAAAGUUUUACGUAAAGGUUUAUUGAAAGCUGCUAAAACAACUGGAGCUUGGAUUUUCACAGGAGGAACAAAUACAGGAGUUACACGUCAAGUUGGCGAUGCAUUGCUAUUAGAACGAUCACAACGACAGGGUCGAGUAGUAAGCAUAGGUAUAGCUCCAUGGGGGGUAUUAGAUAAAAAUCAUGAAUUAAUAGGACGUGGUGAAGAGGUACCAUAUGAUUGCCUUUCUUCUCCUUGGACAAAAUACACAGUUCUGAAUAAUCGACAUGCUUACUUUUUAUUGGUGGAUAAUGGUACUGAAGGUCGAUAUGGAGCAGAAAUUGUAUUGCGUAGAAAAUUAGAAAAAUAUAUAUCUAAUUUAAAACUACAGCCGUAUACACACAGUAGCAUACCUGUAGUGGCAUUAGUAAUUGAAGGAGGAACAAACACGAUACGUUCGGUAUUAGAAUAUGUUACAGAUGUUCCUCCAGUUCCUGUUGUUGUUUGCGAUGGAUCAGGACGUGCAGCUGAUCUCAUCGCUUUUAUGCACAAAUAUGCUAGUGAAGGAGAUGGUGAAACUGGAGAUGGUGAAGGACCGUUGGAAAGUAUGAGAGAACAUCUUCUGGAAACCAUUAAACGCACUUUUAAAGUUUCUGUUGAACAAACAAAUCAAUUGUAUUCUGAAUUGCUCCAAUGUACCCGUAAGAAACAUCUGAUAACCGUAUUCAGGAUAACGCAAGAUCGACCACAAGAAUUAGAUCAAACAAUAUUAACAGCUUUAUUUAAAUCCAAACAAUUAUCUCCAGCCGAACAAUUAUCAUUGUCUUUAAUAUGGAAUAGAGUGGACAUAGCUCGUAGUGAAAUUUUUGUAUAUGGUCAAAAAUGGCCACCGGGUGCAUUGGAGCAAGCUAUGAUGCAAGCUUUACAACACGAUAGAAUCGACUUCGUUAAAUUACUUUUGGAAAAUGGCGUAUCCAUGAGAAAAUUUUUAUCCAUACCUCGUUUGGAAGAACUUUAUAACACAAAAGAAGGCCCAUCGAAUACAUUAGGCUAUAUUUUGCGAGAUGUACGGCCUAAUAUUCCACGUGGGUACAUGUAUACAUUACAUGAUAUUGGAUUAGUAAUCAACAAACUCAUGGGUGGAGCUUAUCGUGCACAAUAUACACGUAGAAGAUUUCGUGUGAUUUAUACCAAAGUAAUGAAAAGAUCUGGUGGACAGCAACAACAUAUGCAUCGGAAUAGUUGUGUUUUAAGUUCUGGUACUCGUUAUUAUUCAGGAUCUGGUAAUAAAUCAGACAGUUUGACAAUGAGUUUGCUCGCCGAAACUGUUCCUGCUAAUAGAGAUACACCACUUUUUGAUUAUCCGUUCAAUGAAUUACUUAUUUGGGCAGUAUUAACAAAAAGACAACAAAUGGCUUUAUUAAUGUGGCAACAUGGAGAAGAAGCAUUGGCCAAAGCACUUGUUGCCUUGAAAUUAUAUAAAGCAAUGGCUCAUGAAGCUGCAGAAGAUGACCUUGAAACGGAAGUUUACGAUGAAUUACGUGGUUAUGGAAAGGAAUUUGAAAAUAUUGCUUUGGAGUUAUUGGAUUACUGCUAUCGUCAAGACGAUGAUCAAACACAACAAUUAUUAACAUCCGAACUUCAAAAUUGGUCUGGUCAAACUUGUUUAUCACUUGCAGUUACUGCUAAUCAUCGUCCACUUUUAGCGCAUCCUUGUAGUCAAAUCAUUUUAGCAGAUUUAUGGAUGGGUGGUCUUCGUACUCGUAAAAAUACUAAUUUAAAGGUUGUUCUUGGUCUGUUGUGUCCUGUUUAUAUAUCACGGCUGGAAUUUAAAAGUAGAGAGGAAUUACAAUUAAUGCCGCAAACACAAGAGGAACAUUUGAUUGCUCUUGAAGAUGAAAAAGAAGACAGUGAUUCAGAACAUGGUACAUCAAAUGGCCCGGAUGUUGAGAAACGUCUGCGCAGGAGCCUCAGCAUACGCAACAAAUGCAGCAGCCAUCAAGGCAUUAAGGCUUUAAUUAGCAGUGAACAUUCUACAACAGUUGUAAAAGAAACGAUUGUACAAGAAAAUGGCAAAGUAUUGGCAGAUAAUGAUGAAGGAACACAUCGAGCUUAUGGCAUUCGUUCGGACUAUUAUGACAACAAAAACAGUAGACCAUUACGAUUGAAGAAAAAAUUGUAUGAAUUUUAUACAGCACCAAUUACAAAGUUUUGGGCCAAUGCUAUAGCAUAUAUUGUCUUUUUACUUUUAUUUUCGUAUUGUAUACUUAUACAAAUGGGCGAACAUCCAUCGCUAGCAGAAAUCUAUGCAAUUUCUUACAUCUGUACAUUGGGAUGUGAGAAAGUACGCGAAAUAGCAACGUCAGAACCGGCAAAGCUCUCACAUAAAUUUAGCGUUUGGGCCUGGAACAUGUGGAAUCCUUGCGACGCAGCCGCUAUAAUAUUUUUUCAAAUCGGACUUGCUUUGAGAUUACGCCAUUCAACUUUUGAUGUAGGUCGAGUUAUAUAUUGCGUUGAUUGUAUUUAUUGGUAUUUAAGAAUACUUAAUAUUCUUGGAGUCAACAAAUAUUUAGGUCCAUUGGUCACAAUGAUGGGAAAAAUGGUAAAAAACAUGAUAUAUUUCGUGGUCCUAUUAUUAGUUGUUCUCAUGAGUUUUGGAGUAUCAAGACAAGCUAUAUUAAAUCCUAAUGCAGAACCAAAAUGGCGAAUAGUCCGUGAUAUUUUUAUGGAACCUUAUUUCAUGCUUUACGGAGAAGUGUAUGCGGACAAUAUAGAUCCAGAUUGUGGAAAUGAACCAGGCAUGCCGGAAUGUCUUCCAGGUCGUUGGAUCACACCAGCAGUUAUGUCCGUAUAUCUUUUAGUUGCGAACAUAUUAUUAAUAAAUUUAUUAAUCGCGGUUUUCAAUAAUAUAUUCAACGAGGUUAAUGCCGUUGCACAUCAAGUAUGGAUGUUCCAACGUUUUACGGUUGUGAUGGAAUAUGAACAAAAACCAGUUUUACCUCCGCCACUUAUCGCGGUCUGCCAUAUAUAUUUAUUAGUAAAAUAUUUAUUGAGACACCUGACGCGAGGUAAAAGGAGUACAGGUGAAACAUGCGACAAUGGUCUCAAACUAUUUCUUGAGGCUGACGAUAUGGAACGUUUAUAUGAUUUUGAAGAAGAUUGCGUUGAGGGAUACUUUCGUGAGCAAGAACUCAAAUUACAAAUGUCUACCGAAGAACGGGUUAAAAUUACAACGGAAAGGGUUGAAAAUAUGCAUCAGAAAAUAGAAGAUAUUGAUAAAAAGGAACAUACGCAGAAUGCUUCGCUUCAGGCCGUAGAAUUUCGUAUUCGCAAAUUGGAAGAAUUAAGCGAACAAACAUUGGCACAUCUUGGCGUAAUACAUCGUUUCAUGGCAACUCACAUGCCCAACGAAGGAUUUCCUACUUUUGAUAUAGACAUUCGUCAACGUAGAGUCUCCGAAAGAUCGGAUGCUUUUUCAGAGACUGACUCUCAUACCCAAUUACCUAGUCUCAUAUUACGACGUAAAAGACUUUUGCGUUCUCAAACAGAUGCCACUUUCUUAAACAUAGAACAACCAUUGGAGGACGAUGCCUUGAAGAAUUCUGAAACUAUAACGUCUCGUGAGAAUCUAAGUAGAAACGAUUCCUCUGUGAGCAUCGUUGAUCCUCAGAAUGUUCAAGAAGACGUUAAGACUACUGCAAGCCAAGAAAGCGAAGUGAGCAAAGAUGUAGGAGAAGUGGAAUCGACGAUAAAAAAAGAAGUAUCAUUAGAGAGGGAAGUUAGUAGCGAAGCUCCUGCUUCGGAACCAUUGAGACAAGACUCGACCGAACGUCCAAUUAGACAAAAUAGUAGAACACGUUCUGAAUCCGACGACGUGGUAAUGAUUCCACCGCCAAAUAUACAAAGAGGCGUUACAUGGGCAGAACCACGCGUUGCAGUGAUUCCAUCGUCCGUAACUUCGGCCGGUAGUACACAAAGAUCAAUCCUUUUAGCAAUGCGCGCCGAAUAUACUAGUAUUACUGACGAAUUAGAAAGUUAUUGCGGUCUUCUUAGUCCACCAAGAACCCCACCGGUUUCUCCUCCAUUAUCAAGGAAUAGAAAUGUAUCGGAAAUUAAUAAUCCUGAGAUGGCUUGGCAAAUAGAGAAUGAACAUUUAAGGGAUGCCGAGGAAUGCGAUUAUCAACAAAUGGAAGAUUUAAUUCAACGGCGUUACAAAGAGGACGAAGAUGAAUCCAGUAAUCCACCUGAGGACGGUGCUACUGCUAAUUUCUUUGCCAUAUCCAACGAACAUCGUCAAUUGCGAAGAUCUUCUGCGAUCGAUGAAGACUCUCGUAGACCACCACCUACAAUCAGCGUUACCAGAGAGAUUGAGCAAACACUUUCACGGCCACCUGCGAUAAGAGACGCCGAAUCUCCCGAUCCUAGCGAUAAGAAUAUGAGUACUGUACCAGCGCCAGCUUCUGAAACUAUGUGUUGAGGUAAUCCAAAACAUCAUUCACACACUAUACUUACUGUGUGUGUGUAUGCGUGUGUGCAUGCAUGCAUGUGCGUGUAUGUGUGUGUGUAUGUGAGAGAGAGAGAGAGAGAGAUCCGAUUCAAUGAGGCUAUAGCUUAAGUAUCUCUUAGUUAGACAUUUUUCUUUUUAAUUGUAAUCAAUCGAAUUUGUACAAUGAAUCGUAGAGUUCUCAUUUUCUUGAGAGAAAUCAUAAUAUCGAACAUUAAAGAGCAUGAAGCGAACGUAAAAGAAUUUUGCCGUCUUGCAAAAUCUUUGCCUUUUUUUUUUUUUUUUUUUCUAGAUCGAUUGCUCUGCGAGCAAUUGAACAAUCAUUUUUUUCAUGACUUCUUAUUCGCUAAUAAAAUCAUUUAGUGUAUUCAAUGCGUUCAUAUAAUGCACACAUAACAAUACAUUUUGUUUAUAAGAUAAGGCACUUUUGAGAAUUUGACAUUUUUACGUGAGCACUUUUGGUAUCUUUUGUGAACUUGAAGCUAUAUAGAGUUCACUAAUGGCAUAAAUUUUUGUGCCUAUUUGGUGGUACAAUGUCAACCGUAUUAAUCCAUAAAAAAAAAA